GCCUGAGAGGUAUAGCCUCGUAGCUGCAGGUAGAGGAGCUGAGGUGUGAAACUGCAGCUCUUCACUCAGCCGACGUGUUGACUCCUAUCUCAGCUUGGGGCGUUAUUUAGCAGCACGCGGGUGUUCGCCACACUUUUUUGUUUGAUUUACUCGCUCGCACCCUGAAUUGAAGAAGAAAACUUUAUGAAACUGGAGGAUUAUCUGCUGCAAACUUUUGCAUCCUUGCAGAAGCGAUCAUGAUAUGAAGUAUGCACGAUGUUAACAGGACACUGAUGGAGGCUGAUCAUGUGCAUCAAUAACCUGAGCAGAGGCAAGAUGAGGCUGAACAUAUUGGCUGGACCAUUACACUGGGGCCUCCUGCUUCUCUGUAUAGCAGGCUUUUGCAGCCAGCUUGUGUCCACUGGCAACCAAAGCUCCCGAGGACAGGCAGGGUCAUCGCAGGAGAGGACAGGGACUUGUGAAGUGGUUGCUGCUCAUCGUUGCUGCAAUAAGAACAAGAUUGAGGAACGCUCUCAAACAGUCAAGUGCUCCUGCUUCCCAGGACAGGUGGCGGGCACAACAAGGGCUCUGCCCUCUUGUGUUGAAGCCUCCAUUGUUCGUCAGAAGUGGUGGUGUAAAAUGGAGCCGUGUCUGAAGGGAGAAGAGUGCCGAGUCCUUCCUGACCUCACUGGUUGGUCAUGCAUCUCUGGAAACAAAGUAAAGACCACAAAGGUGGCGCGGUAGCAAGAAAAUCCAUCUAAUCAGUACAAGCCUGUCCUGGCCUGCUGCAGUCACCUUAACUAACACUGGACUCCGAGGACAGUGAACGCCCCGUCAGAUAGAGCAAAGAACAAUGUAGAUUUAA